UUCUGGUCUAUUGUCUGUUAUUCUUAAGAUAUUUGGUUCUCUACGAGUUGGAGACGACUACGCUAUCUGAAUGAACCACGUGCUGUAUGAGCAUCUUCACUGAUAUAAUUUAGGGAGUUAACAUUGCCUACGCUGGAUUGGUCAUGUCCUGAGAAUGGAUGACCAUGUUAAUGACGACAAAGUACUAACCGCAUUUGUUUCAUAAGUCUGAAGAAGGCGCAUAUGCAGCAAAAGCGCCUGGAAAGAGGUGCUUUGUCAGACCGAAACACCAUAACGUGUUGUUAUAGCCAUUUCAAUAAGAUAUCGUACAUAUAAUAUGGAAAAUCAUCAUCAUGCACAUCUUGACAGCAACGCCGACCAAAAGCCGUUGGUAGUUGACCUAAUGUCAGCGCAGUACGGAAAACCUCAAACGCCACCGCCAUCUCCAAACGAUUGUUUAUCAAGUCCUGAUACAUCAUUGAAUGGUAGCCGUGGCAAUUCUGAAAUACCAGCUGAUCCCUCAAUUCGUCGUUAUCGAACUGCAUUUACACGCGAUCAGUUGGCACGUCUCGAAAAAGAGUUUUACAAGGAAAACUACGUCUCACGCCCCAGACGCUGCGAGUUGGCUGCACAAUUAAAUUUACCCGAGUCCACAAUUAAAGUUUGGUUCCAAAAUCGUCGCAUGAAAGAUAAACGCCAACGUAUUGCUGUUGCCUGGCCUUACGCUGCCGUCUACUCAGAUCCAGCAUUUGCCGCUUCAAUUUUACAAGCUGCUGCCAGUACCGUCGGUAUGCCAUACGGUGCUUACCCAACAGCAAAUCCAAUGUUAGCCACUGCCAUGCCAUCCAUGCCGGUACCCGGACAUGCUUCUUACGGUCAAUAUCGUUACAAUCCCUACCAUAUACCAGCACGUCCAGUACCACCAGCACCACAUAUGUCAGCACAUGGUAUGCCUAGCGCAGCAGCAGCUGCUGUUGCAAUGGGUGCAACACCUAUGGGAGUUGCCGUCGGUUAUCCACCAGCUGCUAUGUUAGGUGCCAUGCCACAUAGUUACGCAGCACUCUCAGUACCAAAAACACAUACACCGCCACUCGAUCUACAAUCCUCAUCAUCGCCACAUUCAUCCACGCUCUCGCUAAGUCCUACCGGUUCGGAUCAUACUAAAGUAUUCGAUCGCAGUCUCAGCCCCAUACGUAACAUUAAUAAUUCACUACCUUUGCUGCAAUCAGUCAACCAAACAAUCGAUACGUCAAUUGGUAGUUACAACACCAACAAUUGCACAGGUGCUCAAUCACACUCUGCUGUCGGUUUACUUAUGCAAACAACAGCAACAACAACUACAUCACCCACAUGUACAUUGAAGAGACCCGCCUCAUGUAUGUCGCCAACACAAACAGUAAUAACAGAGCCGAAACCUAAGCUUUUUAAACCUUACAAGACUGAAGUUUAACGUGGCAACACUGGAAUUAUUCAAAGAGGCUUAACACACGCUUUACAUACGCAUAUGCCAUGUAAUGCAUAUGUGAGAGUGUGUGCAACUGAUUUUGUGAUUGUGGUGCUAUUUUGCUCCAACUUUAUUUUAAUUUGUACAAAGUAUUUUUAAGUAAGCAUUUGUAA